GCACGCCACCGUGCUGAGUUCACUGACAGCUGUUGGUAGGGCGCACACAGCUACUGGCAAUGAAUCCAAUAUCGGACAACGACAAUUCCCUCUCUCGGCGAAAUUUGAUGAUUUUACCCAAAGGAGCCUGCGGUCAGAGGUGGACAUACAGAAGCAGAAGUGAAGGAACUGCCCAUCAAUGGCUAUCAACCCCACCCCUCGGCUUGAUGUGCUGUGAUAGAGAAGUGAGUGGAGCAGAAAUACUGUAGCCAAUUGCCAUGGAGGACACCCAGCCCAAACCUGUUACCCCGGAGCCGAGCCCUGCACCCAGUCCAGCACCCAGUCCAGCACCCAGCCCGCUGCUGGACAGAAUUGUUUUGCCUGCAGCAAACCAUGUGGAGCACCUAAGUGUGAACCAGAUCCAAGUGGUGGUACGGCGCUGUUCCAGUCCCAAUGUCACAGAGGAGACCACCUAUUUUAUUCCACGAAACCCUGUGGUGGAUGCUGGCACCAACACAGACCCGCCAGUGGUCUGCUGCCCUUUGCUCCACAGAUUUUGCCCAUGUCCACCAAGAGGUUUCCUGGCCUCUCUCAUUACUAAAGUCCUAUUGGCAGCUGUGCUCUUUGGAGUGGUGUGGUCCAUCACGGAGAAAGAAUGUCUUCCAGGGGGCAACCUGUUUGGCAUCACGAUCCUCUUCAUCUGUGCACUCAUCGGUGGCAAAUUAGUGUCUUUCAUCCGUCUGCCCAAACUUCCACCGUUCCCACCACUCCUUGGUAUGCUGCUGAUGGGUUUCCUGCUGAGGAACAUCCCAGUGGUAACAGAUGGGGUGUACAUUGACUUCAGAUGGUCAGCAUCACUGAGGAACAUCGCUCUGGCUGUCAUUCUGGCCAGAGCAGGUCUGGGGUUGGAUCCCAUGGCCCUGAAGAAACUAAAAUCUGUGUGUCUGCGUGUAGCAGCUGGGCCCUGCAUCAUAGAGGCUUGCACCACAGCUCUGGUCUCUCACUUCCUCAUGGGCUUGCCCUGGGUGUGGGGCUUCAUCCUUGGCUUCGUGCUGGGCGCUGUCUCUCCGGCAGUGGUGGUUCCCUCCAUGCUGCUGCUGCAGAAGGACGGUUACGGCGUGGAGCAGGGCAUCCCCACCCUGCUGAUGGCUGCAGGCAGCUUUGACGACAUUCUUGCCAUCACAGGGUUCACCACAUGCUUGGGCAUGGCCUUUGCCACAGGCUCCACCUGGUACAACCUCUUGAGAGGUGUACUGGAGGUGGCUGGUGGGCUGGUUGCUGGCAUUCUUCUUGGCUUCCUCAUCCAGUACUUUCCUAGCGUUGACCAGAAACAUUUAGUAAUGAAGCGAUCCUUCUUGGUGCUGGGUCUGUCCGUGUUUGCCGUGUUCGGCAGCGGUGUGGCUGGGUUUCCUGGCUCUGGAGGCCUCUGCACCCUGGUGUUGGCAUUCCUGGCUGGCAUCGGCUGGGGGACAGAGAAGGCACGAGUGGAGGAAGUGGUGGGGUGGGCGUGGGACAUAUUUCAGCCUCUACUCUUCGGACUAAUAGGAGCCGAGAUUCGAAUCUCUGAGUUGGAGGGAGUCACAGUUGGUCUGGGUAUAGCCUCUCUGCUCAUCGCCCUGCUGGUUCGAAUCCUGUUCACUUUUGUCUGUGUGAUGUGUGCGGGCUUUACCAUGAAGGAAAAAGUAUUCAUAGCCCUAGCGUGGAUGCCCAAAGCCACUGUACAGGCGGCUAUAGGCUCAACAGCUUUAGACAUGGCCAGGACAAAAGACGACAAGGAGCUGCAGAGGUACGGCAUGGACGUGCUGACAGUGGCUGUGCUGGCCAUCCUUCUCACAGCUCCUGUAGGAGCUCUUAUCAUAGGGCUUUCUGGACCUCGCCUGCUCCAAAAACCAAAGAACUCCUGUGGCACCGCAGCAGGAGGUGAAGAGGACGAUGAAACUCCUAUCACCUAUGAGAGUACACUCUGACCAUCCACUGAGCGAGGACAUUUUAAGAGACUUCCGGUGUGCUUUCACACCUUGGAUAUUUGAGUUUUCCUUCAGCCACCGAGUGGCUCUCUUUGUCUCUCUAUCUGCCGGUCAGCUCCUGAUGUUUGCCAUGCUGCAGGAACACAUGAAUCACUCUGUAUUUAUAGCCUCUAGGGGUUUCCAGGCCUCAGGCUCCAAACAAAUGACCCACAACUCAGUGUCUGCACUGUCACGCUGUAUGAACAGUGUACAUGGGGUGGUUUUGUUUCCUAAAUGAACGUUUAAUCAGCUUUAUUAGUGUGAGGCAUGGAUAUGGUUUACAUUGUUUGUAAAGGUGGGUAUUAUUCCUGCCGGUCAUAUUCACUGAAUCCACUAUAUGCCCCUUUUUUAUGACUACAUUCGAGAAAACUAUUUACUGUAUUUGGACUUGAGAAUGUGAUAAUGCUGGAUUUUAUUAUAAGCAGUUUCGUUUUGAGGGCUACAUAAUUGAAUGUACUGACAGUGUAUUUUAUUGUUUUAAAUUAGACUACUUAGUUGACACACGCUUAAGUCUUUAGGUGUUCUGUGCUCAGUACAAUAUUUUUACCCCUUUGUGUUUGUGCAUUUUUUGUUUUAAUAAAAUAUGUAUUAGCUGUG